AUGGGCGUUUGGAGGGGCAUCUCUGGCCGUGAAGCGGGGGAUCAGGAAUUCGUGGCGACUGUGCAUCUUGAAACGAUCGACAAGUUCUAUGGAUCGCUGCAGGCAUUGUCGGGCGUUUCGCUCGACAUUUCCGAUGGCGCUUUUGUUGUUUUUGUGGGCCCCUCGGGAUGCGGAAAGUCGACGCUUCUGCGCUGCAUCGCUGGGCUGGAGGGUGUGGACCGCGGCACGAUCACUAUCGAUGGACGCGACGUAACCGAUCUCAAUCCGGCAGACCGCGACCUCUCCAUGGUCUUCCAGUCCUACGCGCUUUAUCCCCAUAUGACGGUUCGGGCGAACAUUGAAUUCGGCAUGAAGGUCAACGGCAUACCAGCCGAUGAGCGAGCGCGCAGAGUUCAGGACGCCGCACGCAUUCUCCAGCUGUCCGAGUUGCUUGAUCGGAAGCCGGGACAGCUGUCUGGCGGCCAGCGCCAGCGCGUUGCCAUUGGGCGAUCAAUCGUCAAACACCCCAAGGUUUUUCUUUUCGACGAACCGCUUUCCAACCUCGAUGCGAAGCUGCGGGUGCAGAUGCGCAUCGAGCUUGAGUCGCUGCACACGGAACUCGGUGCAACGAUGAUCUACGUCACCCACGAUCAGGUCGAAGCGAUGACAAUGGCCGACCAGAUCGUGGUGCUCAACGGCGGUAAGGUUGAGCAGGUUGGUGCGCCUCUGGAGUUGUACAACAAGCCCGCAAGCGAGUUCGUCGCCGGCUUUAUCGGAUCGCCCGCGAUGAACAUCAUGGCGGCGCAGAGCAAGCUCGGCGAGGUCGUCGGCGGUGCGGGAGCAGCCAAGAUCGGCAUUCGGCCCGAGCAUGUGCGCAUCGCCGAAACAGGACUGCCUGUGCAGGUGACGGUGAAGGAACAGCUUGGCGGAGAGAGCUAUCUUUACGCUCGCUCCGAAGAUGGCGAGCAAAUCGUCAUCAAGACCGAUGGCGAAGACACGGUGAACCAGGGAGAUCAAGUACGACUCGCGUUUCCACCCGAGCGCCUUCAUCGUUGGUCCGCACAGAUCACCGAACUCAUCGACCCGGCAGUGGCCAGAUCGAAGGUCACGCAUGAAGUGAUCAUCGGUCACGGUGCGCUUGCCGAGACCGGCCAGGUCGUCAGGCGCGCAAUGGCAACGGUCGGAGGCGCAUCGCGCGUGCUGGUAAUGGCGGACGAUGCCGGCUUCGCUGCUGCCGGUGCCCCGGUGGUGGAGUCACUGCAAUCCAGUGGCUUUGACGUGGAGACGCUGGUUUUGCCAAGCGACCCGCUCCCCGUCGCUUCAGUCGAGGAGGCAGAGCCUUUCAGGGCGCGUCUCGCCUCUGAUUCGAGCACGUUUCCAGUUUCCGUUGGUUCUGGCGUCAUCAAUGAUCUGGUCAAGUGGGCGGCGAAGGAAACCGAUCGCCCCUAUGUGACCGUGGCGACAGCGGCUUCAAUGGAUGGCUACACCAGCGCGGGAGCGCCGUUGGCGCGGGACGGCUUCAAGGUGACCAUCCCGACACGCGCACCAAUCGCAAUGGUGGCUGAUCUGGAGGUGAUUGCGGCGGCGCCCGCAGAAAUGAACGGUUGGGGCUAUGGCGACCUGGCUGGAAAGGUGCCGGCAGGCGGCGAUUGGCUGCUUGCCGACGCACUGGGCGUUGAACCGAUUGACGAUCUGGCCUGGCCACUCGUUCAAGAUCAUUUGCGCUUCUGGCUUUCGGGCUCUCAGGGAAUCGCGGCCAGCGACCCCGAUGCGGUUGCCCGUCUUUUUAUCGGGUUGACCGCCGUGGGCUUCGCGAUGGAAUUCCAUGGCUCGUCACGACCGGCGUCAGGUGCAGACCACCAGAUUGCCCACAUGUGGGAAAUGGAAGGCCACACGUAUGAAGGCAGGAAAGUCAGCCAUGGUGCAGCGGUUUCGGUAGGCUGCGUUGCGGUGCUUGCACUGUUCGACUGGCUUCUCGAUCAGGAUCUGACGGGCCUUGAUGUUGACGCGGUGCUUGCAUCAUCAUCCAAUCUUUCAGGAAAGCACGUGGCCGCAAGACAGGCUAUCGCCGAUCCCUCCAUCGCCAACAAGGCGAUGGUGGAGGUUGCCGCGAAACACAUUGGCCAACCGCAGCAACGAGAACGUCUUCUUCACAUCAUAGCAACAUGGCCAGCCCUGCGCACGCGACUGAGGGAUCAUCUGCUUCGCGCUGAUACAAUGGUCACCAUGCUGCAACGAGCUGGUGCUCCAACACACGGGGCGCAUAUCGGCGUCGAUGCCGGUCAUCUGAUGCGAACGAUGCGCGCGGCCGCCUUCAUCCGGCGCCGCUACACGAUCUUCGAUUUUCUAGAGGACACCGGUCUGACCGACGCGGCUCUCGCUGCAGCCUUGUUCGAAGUGGGAGAAGUGCUGGAUGCGGCGCUCCCCGACCAAUUGCACGUCAUGGCCGGUCCCAUCGAGCAGGCAAAGCGCAUCGCUCUGUACGGUGUCGGACGCGAGGGGCUGAUGAUGAAGUCUCUAGCCAUGCGGCUGUUUCAUCUCAGCCUCGAUGCCCAUGUCGUUGGCGACAUGACAACGCCGCCGAUAGGCGCAGGCGAUCUGCUGAUCGUCAGCGCUGGACCUGGCGAUUUUUCGACGGUUUCAGCGCUUCUAUCGGCCGCAAAGGGUGCCGGCGCGGCGACCAUGUGCGUGACAGCGGAACCAACUGGUGCAGCGCCGCAGUCGGCUGAUCACCUCGUUCAUCUGCCAGCCCAGACCAUGGCCAACGAUCAGGGCGCACCGACAUCCAUCUUGCCCAUGGGUUCGCUGUUCGAAGCGACCCAGUUCAUUUUCUUCGAACUGCUCAUCCUGCAUUUGCGUGACAAGCUAAGGAUCCCGCCGGAUCGCUUUUCAAUCUCCGGCAAGACGGCACUGGUCACCGGCGCGUCCUCGGGCAUCGGUGCUGAGAUUGUUUCGGUGUUCACCGAAGCGGGCGCGAAGGUCAUAGGAGCGGGCCAAUCCGCAGAGCGCCUGGACGCACUUGCCGACAGGACGGGCUGCCGCACCAUCGUCGCCGACCUUGCAAGCGUUGAAGGGUGCCGACUGUUGGCGCGUGAGGCGCUGGCGAUCCACCCGUGCAUCGAUAUCCUCGUCAACUCUGCCGGCGUCGCCCUUGUUGGCCCCGCUCUUGCCUUCUCCGCCGAGGAUUGGGACCGCACGAUGGCCAUCAAUUUGCGGGCACCGUUUCUGCUCGCGCAGUCGCUCGCGCCACCUAUGAUCGCGCAAGGGGCAGGCAAGAUCAUCAACAUCUCCUCGCAGACGGGUGUUAUCGCGCUGGCCGACCAUGCAGCCUACGCUUCGUCCAAGGGUGGGCUGAACGCGCUGACGAAAUCGCUGAUGACUGAGUUGGCGCCGCACAACAUUCAGGUGAACGCGAUCUGCCCAACCGUUGUGAUGACCGAAAUGGGCAAAAAGGUCUGGAGCCCACCGGAAAAAUCUGGCCCCAUGAUCGCGGCGACACCGCUUGGCAGAUUCGGCGAGCCGGUCGAAAUCGCCGACAUGGCGCUCUAUCUCGCCUCGCCCGCCUCCGACCUCGUCAAUGGGGCCUUGAUGAUGAUUGAAGGCGGAUAUUCAAGCGCGUGCGCUGGCCUGCUGGAGAUCGCGGACCAGUUCGAUGCGUUUCUGCUCGACAGCUUUGGCGUCCUGAAUGUGGGCGAGACCGCGAUCGACGGAGCGGUGGCGUGUCUGUCUUCGCUCAGGGCUGCGGGCAAGAAGCUCAUCGUCCUGACCAAUGCGGCGAGCUACACGCUCGCGACAGCGGUCGAGCGCUACCGCCGCCUUGGAUUUGAUUUCGAAGCGGAUGAGGUCAUCUCGAGCCGCGAUGUGGCCGCGCGGCGCCUUGGCGCGUUCUUGCCCGAUGGUCGUUGGGGUGCACUCGCAUCGCCCGAUGAUCGCUUUGAGGACUUUGAUGUGGCCAUCGACCAUUGGCGCGGCCAGGACGUCGAUGGGUUUGUGUUUCUCUCAAGCGUGUCACUGACUGAUCAGCACGUACAGGCGCUUCGCGAGGCCUUGGACGACCGACCUCGCCCACUCAUUGUUGCCAACCCGGAUCUGGUGGCACCGCGCGAGAAUGGACUGAGCCAAGAACCGGGAUAUUACGCGCAUCAAAUCGCCGAUGCGGUUGGCAACAGCCCGGUCUUGUUUGGCAAGCCGUUCAACGAUGCGUUCAACGAUGCCAUGGAUCGGCUUGGAACCAUUGAGCCCCGCCGUAUCGCCAUGGUCGGCGACACGCUUCACACCGACAUUUUGGGUGGCAGGGCGGCAGGUUUGAAGCGGAAGCGUUGCGAAGCCCUUGGCGCCUUCCGGACCUGUGAAGCGCAGAUCGUGCAGAUCGCGGCCGAGUUCGGCAUCUCGCGCCACCAUCUGACCAAGGCCGUUCAGGCACUGGCCGCCGCGGGAAUUGUCGAGACACGGCGAGGCACCGGUGGCGGUGCCGUCCUUGCUUCUGCCCCAGAGCAAUUGCGUUUGGGCGACAUCGUUGCGGUUCUGGAACGCAAGUCGGCACUGGUGGAGUGCUUCCAGGCCGAUGGUGGCGCCUGCGUCAUCACACCGAGCUGUCGCCUGAAAGGCAUUCUGGCCGAUGCGCGUUCGCGGUUCCUGGACGAUCUGAACGCCCACACCCUGGCCGACUGCAUGAUCGUGGAGAUUGAUGACGGCGACGUAACCGUGUCGGUCGACUUAUUCGCCGGCCACUUCGGCAUAGACCCCAAGGAUGUGCAACCGCUCAUGCGCGCCGGCGAGAUAACCGGUCGGGUUGAGAAAGGCGCCGGGGAAGACGAGGGACGCUAUCGGACGCGUCAUCAACACCAGCCGCACGAUUCUUGCCGACCGCACACGGGUGCUGCCAUGAAUGCGGUCGGCACCAUGGAACGGUCCCGCGCCUGGCGGGGCCCAGCAAUAUUGAGCUACGGGUUCAGGCCGUUUUUCCUCGGCGGCGCGAUCUGGGCGGCGCUUGCCAUGGUGUUGUGGCUGGCGAUGCUGGCGGGGGCCGUGGAGCUCCCGACGCGGCUGGAUCCGAUAUCGUGGCACGCCCAUGAGUUCCUCUUCGGCUAUCUCGGCGCCAUAAUCGCCGGGUUCCUUCUGACCGCCGUGCCCAACUGGACGGGCCGUCUGCCAAUCGCCGGCUGGCCGCUCGGCGGGCUUUUCCUGCUGUGGCUCCCGGGUCGCGUGGCGAUCGCGACGUCGGCAUUCUGGUCGCCGGCCACGGUCGCCUUCGUCGAUCUGGCCUUUCCGGUCCUGUUUGCGCUGGUCAUCGCACGUGAGAUCGUCGCCGGUAAGAACCGGCGCAACCUGAUGGUGCUCGGGCUGUUCGCCGCCCUGGUCGCGGGCAACGGCACCUUCCACUGGGAGGCCGCGCGGGGUGAUUUUGCAGCGCAAGGUUACGGCCUGCGUAUCGGCCUGGCGACGGCCAUUAUGCUGAUUGGCUUGAUCGGCGGGCGCAUCGUUCCCUCGUUCACGCGAAACUGGCUGGUCAAGCGCGGCGCAGGGCAGCUGCCAUCGCCGCCCAUGGGGCGUUUCGACAAAGUGGCGCUACUGACGCUUCUGGCGGCGCUCCUGGUAUGGAUCGCGCGACCGGAUUCCUCGGUCGCCGGCUCUUUGCUGCUUCUGGCCGGGUUGGCGCAUGCGGCGCGCCUCGUCCGUUGGGCUGGCUUCCGCACCGGCGCCGAACCGCUGGUCUGGGUGCUGCACGCCGGUUAUGCCUUUGUGCCUCUGGGCGCCAUCGUCGUCGGUUUUUCCGUUCUUUCCACCAAUCUGGCUGGCGUGACGGCUGCGCAACAUCUGUGGAUGGCGGGCGGGAUCGGGCUGAUGACGCUCGCCGUUAUGACGCGCGCCACGCUUGGCCACACCGGCCAGGAACUCACCGCAGGCCCCGCCACGACGGCGAUCUACCUGCUGGUCGUUGCGGCGACGCUGGUGCGCCUCACCUCGGGCGCCUUUGCCGAUGUGGCCGCCAUCCUUCAUCUGGUUUCCGGGCUGGCCUGGUUCUGCGCCUUCUUCGGGUUCGCCCUGAUCUAUGGCCGGCUGCUGAUCGCGCCACGGUCAAGACCGAUCCGGGAGCGCAUCGCCGGAUGGAUCGGCGGCCGCGGCUUCAUCCUCGCCUAUUCCGCGCUGUCGCUGGCCGCCCUCGGAUGGCUGAUCGUCGCGGCCGAUCGCGCACCCUAUCUGCAGCUCUGGCCCUGGGCGCCGUGGCAACCCUACGUCCCGCUGAUCGUCAUGGCGCCGGUGUGCCUGAUCGUCGCGCUCUCCGUUGCCCGUCCGAACCCGUUCUGCUUCGGUGGCGCGAACAACGACGCAUUCGAUCCGGCGCGCCCCGGCAUUGUCGGAUGGACCCGCCAUCCGCUCCUCAUGGCGCUCGGCUUGUGGGCGGGCGCCCAUAUCGUGCCCAAUGGCGAUCUGGCCCAUGUCCUCCUUUUCGGAACCUUCGCGGUUUUUGCGCUGGCUGGACAACGCCUCGUCGAUCGCCGCAAGCGGCGUGAACUCGGAGCGCGAUGGGAUGAACUCGAUCACGCCCGGCGGCACGGCCGAUCGCUCGACUUCAGGCGUUUUGGUCCUCGUUUCGCCGCGCGCCUUUUGAUCGCAAUGGUUCUCUACCUGGUUUUUGUCGCAAUCCACCCAGUCCUUUUCGGCGUCAGCCCGCUGCCGUGA